GCUCCCAGGACCAGGCUGGGCCCAGGGACAGUGAGGCUGAGGCUGGGUGGCCUCCAAGCCCAGGGCUUGGGCCCCAUCCUGAGCCUCCAGGACCUGAGGGCAGCAGACAGCAGGCUCGGCAGCAGGAGGGAGCGUGAGGCGGAGGACGCCUGGACCUGAGCCCAGACCCUGGGUGGAAGGUCCCCGUGGGCGGCACGAGGCUGUGGGGUGAGCAGGCCCAGGAGGAUGAGAAAGCAGCUGCUUCGGGGCCAGGAGCCUUGAGGUGGUGUGAAGACACCUGGUCCCCACCUGCUCCCUAUCACCAGGGCAUGGGUCCCUUAUCAAGCCAAGACGUCACUGAUUGGUAUCAAAUGCCAAAGUCUAAGUCGGGACCAUCCACAGUGUCCCUGAUACACCUGAUAAGAGAGGCCCCCAGGUCCCCAGUUCACAGUCGGUUCCGGCCUGAGCCUGCACCCUCGGCACCCGCCAGGCCUUCCAGGCAGGACCAGCAAGGGGGCCGGGGAGCCAGGGCCCCUCAGUCGGCCCCGGAAUUGGACUAGGCUCUCCUGACAACUGCCUGAGAUCCGGGUCUGGGCCUGGGUCUGUCCCUGCCCGAAAUCCAUGCCGAGCUCCCUCCCGGACAGCCAGGUCCCCCACCCCACUCUGGAUGCAGUGGACCUAGUGGACAGGACGCUGAAGAAUGCAGGCCUCUCGCGCCUCAGCCCCUCCUGGCCUGUGUCCUGGUGCCCCCAGCUGAGGGGGGUCCUGGAAAUGGCCACACUCAAUUCCACCCCCACAGGAACCUCUAGUUCUACUCCAGUCUUGCAGGAGGGCGACACAGACCCCUGGGCCCUCCCUCAGCUGAAGGACACCAGCCAGCCCUGGAAAGAGCUCCGCAUGGCCGCCAGGCUGCGUCUCGUGGCCGGCAACCUCCUCAAGGCCUGCGGGCUCCUCGGGUGCCUGUACCUGUUCAUCUGCUCCCUGGACGUCCUCAGCUCCGCCUUCCAGCUGCUGGGCAGCAGACUGGCCGGAGACAUCUUCAGGGACAACAUGGUGCUGUCCAACCCAAUGGCUGGACUGGUCAUCGGCGUGCUGGUCACAGCCCUGGUGCAGAGCUCAAGCACGUCCUCCUCCAUCGUGGUCAGCAUGGUGGCCGCUAAGUUGCUGACUGUCCGGGCGUCCGUGCCCAUCAUCAUGGGUGUCAACGUAGGCACAUCCAUCACCAGCACCCUGGUCUCAAUGGCGCAGUCAGGAGACCGGGAUGAAUUUCAGAGGGCCUUCAGCGGCUCGGCGGUGCACGGCAUCUUCAACUGGCUCACGACGCUGGUCAUGCUGCCGCUGGAGAGCGCCACGGCCCUGCUGGAGAGGGUCAGCGAGCUGGCCCUGGGUGCCGCCAGCUUGGAGCCCGGGGCACAGGCGCCUGACAUCCUCAAGGUGCUGACCAAGCCGCUUACACACCUCAUCGUGCAGCUGGACUCUGAUGUGAUCAUGGGCAGCAUCACGGACAAUGCCACCACCAACAGCCUCAUUAAGCAGUGGUGCAGCUCUACUGGGCAGCCGACCAAGGGGAACAGCAGCGACUGUGGAGACUCCGGCCCCUGCGAGGACAGGAACGGCACCGCCCCAGCGGAUAGGCUGCCCUGCCAACACCUGUUUGCGGGCACGGAGCUCACGGACCUGGCUGUGGGCUUCAUUCUGCUGGCCGGCUCCCUGCUGGUGCUCUGCAGCUGCCUGGUCCUCAUUGUCAAGCUGCUCAACUCUGUGCUGCGUGGCCGUGUGGCCCAGGCCGUGAAGACCAUCAUCAACGCGGAGAUCCCCUUCCCUCUGGGCUGGCUCAGCGGCUAUCUGGCCCUCCUCGUGGGAGCCGGCCUGACCUUUGUACUGCAGAGCAGCAGCGUCCUCACAGCGGCCAUCGUACCCCUCAUGGGAGUCGGGGUGAUCAGCCUGGACCGGGCGUACCCCCUCUUACUGGGCUCCAACAUCGGCACCACCACCACAGCCCUGCUGGCCGCCCUGGCCAGCCCCGCAGAAAGGAUACUCAGCGCCCUGCAGGUCGCCCUCAUCCACUUCUUUUUCAACCUGGCGGGCAUCCUGCUGUGGUACCCGGUGCCUGCGCUGCGGCUGCCCAUCCAGCUGGCCAGGCACUUUGCGGCAGUGACUGCCCGUUACCGCUGGGUGGCUGGGGCCUACCUGCUGCUCGGCUUCCUGCUGCUGCCCCUGGCAGUCUUUGGGCUCUCCCUGGCAGGGGCCACGGUGCUGGCUGCCGUCGGGGGUCCCCUGGUGGGGCUGGUGCUCCUCGUGGUCCUGGUUACCAUCCUGCAGCGGCGCCGGCCGGCCUGGCUGCCGGCCCGCCUGCGCUCCUGGGCCUGGCUCCCCAUCUGGCUCCACUCUCUGGAGCCCUGGGACCGCCUGGUGACCCGCUGCUGCCCCUGCAAGGCCUGUAGCCCCCCGCAGGCCACCACCAAAGAGGCCCACUGCUACGAGAACCCUGAGGUCUUGGCCUCCCAGCAGCUGUGAGGGUGGGCAGCGUGAGGACUACCCUGCCCUCCCUGGCUGGGAGGACUCUGGAGGGUCCUGGGGGAGGGGUCCCCUGCUCCCCUUCUGUGCAAAUAAACCAGGCUGUUACCCCA